UAUAAAGGCACUUAUUUGACUGCUUGAGAUAUCCCAUUCGUCAAGGAUCAGGUGAUCGCAACGACGUCAUCUGACCCGCAGGCAUCUACAGUUGGAACUUCUGCUGCCGUCAUCCAAACAUCUACAAUCUACUAUCAGCACCUACUCACUUCGUGAUACAUUACUAUAGAAUACAUAGCGCGCGCGUCUCUGCCAUAUUGAAGACUUGCAUGAUAACAGGCCCAUCCAGAUAGCACCUAGUUACCGAAGCAAUCAUGUGCGGUUCAGACAUCUUCCUGGCGAUUCUCGCGAUAUUCUUCCCACCAGUCGCAGUGUGGAUCAAAGUAGGCAUCUGCACGGCCGACUCGAUCAUCAAUCUUGCCCUUUGUUGCCUCGGCUAUGUACCAGGCUUAUUGCAUGCCUGGUACAUCAUUCUCAAGUACCCAGAACUGGAUUUUGAUGAUCCAUAUUACCAACCCAUCCCUGGAGAGGCCCAUCGAAGGGACGUCGAGAAUGGCCACGUGACAUAUUACUACGUCUCUCACCAACAGAUUGAGAAUCCAUCCCAGAGAAGCUACGGUACGGUGGCGCCAGCUCAGGCGGCACAGAACCCCUCACAGCAACAGCGACAGCCUACUCCUAAGCCCCAGGGUGAGCCCGCAGCCGGUAGUAGCAGCGAUCAAACACAGAGUGAUUCACGGCCACCACCCACGUAUGCGGAAGCCGUCAAGGGUGAUCACAAGGUUCAGGACUGAAUAUAAUAGACAAGCAUGGAAGGCUUUAGGUACUGCCAUCUGUUUGUCACCUAUCGGGAUCACUGCUGUGUGUAAGGGCCGCUUGGGUUGCGGUAUGACCGGUUGUAAUUUUCUGUACUUUCUCCAGAUUUAUAGGUCAUGAAACUAUUAUUUGUAUGGGCUAGCUUACGUCUAAUGUCAAGAGAUGAAAAGAUAUCGUUUGUGUAUUUUCUUAUCGCUAUGACCCUGGUAUGUGCUUCGGACUUAGUGAUAGAUCCGCUCCAUUCUAUGUAGAACCGCCGUCGACAAUUCAAAUCGAAAAUUCUCAUAGAUACGUACAAGUAGAUAACUGCGUAUCAUUACUGGAGCCAUUCUCAUAUAUCCAGACAUAUUGCAUGGUGGAAUGAGCAUACCCACGCCACAAUCACUUAUCGUGUUUCUUAUCAGAAACCCGAAGAAAACCGCAGGCGAUUCGAUUCCGCCGACUUUCCCGCCUUCCCUUUGGAAUCCACUCCCCAACC